AAGGGAGGAUGAAAUUCAAUCGAGUUUCCUCAACUCACGUACGGAACAGUACAAUUUAACUAAAUUUUCACAAGUCAGGCAUUAAUAACGACACCUUUUUUUUUUCCGACGUGCACGACAUAUCUCUCUCUCUUCGAUUUCAGAUUCCCGGUUAUUUUCUCUCUCUCCUCUACUCACUUUACCACGUUCAAUCUCCGAUUACCACUUUUCUUCUCCGUGGGGAACUGGGGUAUUGUGGACAAUGAUGGGGAAGGGAGAUGCUGGACACAAAUUGCAUGCAAGAAUGAGGCUGUGGGAGUUUCCUGAUGAGUAUGUUAUCGAACCCACUGAUGGCACCGGUGGCUCGUUUUUGUCAGUCAGCCGUGUGGAUGGAUCCAUGAAGCUACUUGAUGAGCUUCCGCAAUGCAGUGCUGAGCGCGUACCGAAAAUUCAGACGAUUUAUGGUGUGAUGGGGGUGCUGAAGCUCUUGGCAGGGCUAUAUGUAUUUGUGAUUACAGAACGCGAAGCUGUUGGAUCUUACCUGGGGCAUCCUAUCUUUAAAGUUUCAUCUAUGAAGAUAUUACCUUGUGAUCAAUCCCUUAAGAGUUCUCCAGAAGAGCAGAAAAGGAUGGAGACAGAAUUUUCCUCUUUGUUAACUGCUGCAGUGAGCACUCCUGGGUUGUUUUUCUCUUAUGACGUCAAUCUAACACUGAGUAUGCAGAGAUUGCACGAUUUAGGAGAUGAAGAAAAAACGAUCCCUCUUUGGAGACAGGCAGACCCAAGAUAUUGCUGGAACAACUAUAUGAUGGAAAUGCUUAUUGACAACAAGCUUGAUCCAUACUUGCUUCCCAUUCUCCAAGGAACUUUCCAUCACUUCCAAGCUGGUAUAGGGAAUGAUACUAUUGAUGUUACUUUGAUUGCUCGCAGAUGUACCAGGAGAACUGGUACCCGAAUGUGGAGAAGAGGAGCUGAUCCUGAUGGUUAUGUCGCGAAUUUUGUUGAAACAGAGCAAAUUAUGCAGUUGAAUGGCUACACAGCAUCUUUUGUGCAGGUACGUGGGUCAAUGCCAUUUCUGUGGGAGCAAAUUGUUAAUCUGAAAUAUAAACCGAAAUUCGAAAUCGUGAACCCAGAGGAAGCACCACAAGUUGCUGAGAGACAUUUCCUGGAUUUGAGGAAAAGAUACGGUGCUGUGCUAGCUGUUGAUCUUGUCAAUAAGAGCGGAGGUGAGGGCCAAUUGUGCGAGAUGUAUGGGAGUACAAUGCAGAAGAUUGUGAAUGAGGAAAUAAGAUAUUUGCACUUCGAUUUCCAUCGUAUAUGUGGACACAUGCAUUUCGAGCGACUUUCAAUCCUGUACGACCAAAUCUCAGAUUUUUUGAACAAAAACAGGUAUCUCCUGCUGAAUGAAAAAGGAGAAAAAAUUGAGGAGCAAAGUGGCGUUGUGAGAACAAAUUGUAUUGAUUGCUUAGAUCGCACCAAUGUCACACAGAGCAUGAUAGGACGGAAAAUGUUGGAAUUGCAACUAAGGCGUAUAGGUGUUUUUGGUGCUGAAGAGACCAUUAGCUCACAUUUAAAAUUUGAUGAGAAUUUCAAAAUAUUGUGGGCAAAUCAUGGGGAUAAUGUAAGCAUCCAGUAUUCUGGCACUCCUGCUUUGAAAGGGGAUUUUGUCAGAUAUGGCAAGCGUACAUUUGAAGGUGUGUUCAAUGAUGGGAGGAAUGCACUUGCUAGAUAUUAUCUGAAUAACUUUUGUGAUGGAACCAAACAGGAUGCCAUUGAUAUGGUGCAUGGACACUUCAUUGCUUCUGUCAGUCGAGAUAUGACUACACAACCUCAAAAAGGAGGCCUUGAGACUGUAGCUUCUGUUCCUAUAGGUCUUUCCUUGGUCUUGGCUGGAAUCGUUUUCGCAUUCAUGUCUCUGAAGCAAGUUCGGUUAGAUUGGCGACACCUAUUCUUUUCACUUCUGUGGGCAAGCUUAAGCAUCGCUAUAGCUGUAUUUGUGAGAGCCAAUGGUCGGGUGUUUUGCAAUCGGCCCCGUCUGCAUAAGCCUCGACGCUGAUCAGAAUUCAAUCAAGGGGUGAUUCGUGCAGAAGUUAAAUGGCUGGCUGCUUCUUGCUCCAUUUUUUGUGUCAUGUUCGACAUUCUGAGUUUUCAUUCUUAUUAUUUGAUUUCUUGUUAGUUUUCUAUUUUAUUGGGCUCUUUUGAUAGGAAGGUCUCCCACAAAUUUAAGUUCUAUAGCAAGGGGGGGGAGUAUUUUUCCAAGGUUCGUAGUUCCCACAAACCGUCUCUUGAACCUUUUUUGUCUGAAUAUUGUAUGUUCUGUAGAAUCAAGUUCUAAUAUUAUGGGUUGGGAUUAAUUUUGUUUUAACAUCCAAACCUUAGUUCCUUGCUAUGACAAGUUUGAUUUCCGUUGGAUUAAGAACAA